CUUUUUUUUUACAAACUGAUUGUUAUUAUUACUAUUAUUGCUUGUAAACAAAAGUAUAUACCGGUGGAGCAAAAUAUUGGAGACAAAUUUGCGAAUUAAAUCAAAUAGCCAUCUUCAUCAAUAUAUUUAUCAAUUUUGGCAAUAAAAAGAUUAGACAAACAAUAAUAAAAUGUCUGGCCCUAUGAUUUUAUGCCAAUUAUGGAUGGGUGGUUUGGAACCGUAUAUGACUGAAAGUUUUAUUAUGAACGCUUUUCAUAAAAUGGGUGAACAACCACAGACAGUUAAAGUGAUGAGAAACAGAUACACUGGUGAACCAGCAGGUUAUUGUUUUGUUCAUUUUCCAACCGACGAAAUGGCACUUGAUGCGAUGCACAAAUUAAACGGUAAAAUAAUUCCAGGAUCUAACCCGACUGUUAGAUUUCGACUAAAUCAUGCAAGUACUACAGGAAAACCUGCUGCCGAUCGUGAGUUCAGUAUUUGGGUUGGUGAUUUAUCAACGGAUGUUGAUGAUUAUUCAUUGUAUCGAGCAUUUGCAGCUAAAUACAAUUCUAUACGCACUGCUAAAGUUAUUUUAGACAGUUCAGGAUUUAGUAAAGGCUAUGGAUUUGUAAGAUUUGCUAAUGAGGAGGAACAAAAAAAUAGUUUAGUUGCGAUGAAUGGAUACAGAGGAUUAGGAACAAAAUCUUUGAAAAUAUGCAACGCUGUCCCUAGGCCAUGGAACAAACUUCCAGGGUCAACUCCACCCCAGUCAUCAUCGGAAUAUUCAUCGACAAAUAUUGGCUCAGAUGGAUAUAACUAUUAUGAUUCCUCAUCGUAUUGGAAUAGCUAUAGUGCAUGGCAACAGGGUUACUAUGAAAGUGAACCAACUGCUGAUGUCUAUGGUGCAUAUGUUUCUGAACAGAAACCUGAAGAAGAUGAACUUGAACUUAUUGAGCACUCACUCCCGGUAGACUGCGAUAAACUCAAUCGUGAGAUCAUCGAGCAAGAUUACAACAUGUGGGAUGCAUUAGAAAGUUCUAAAUGGAUUCCUUGUGAUACACUUGAACUAUGUUAUUGAAAACCUGACUUUUGUAAUUCGAUAAAUUAUUAUUUCCUCUUAUUGAAA